CCAUGAAGUAAAUCGGCCCAUUGGACGAUGAUGUUAGGCUUUAUUGUCGAUGCUUUUGUAACUGAAAGACCCUUUAGUGGCAACCCUGCUGGAGUCUGCUUAAUACCAAGCGAUAAAACUCUUUCGGAUGACUUGAUGCAAAACAUUGCGAAUGAACUGAAGCAUUCAGAAACAGCUUUUAUUCAGAUCUUGUCAAGUGAAGAUGGAGAACUUUCUUGUUCUCUUCGUUGGUUCACACCUACUGUGGAAGUUGAGCUUUGUGGCCACGCCACAUUGGCUAGUGCAGCUGCCUUGUCUUUUUCUAAAUACUGGAACCCUGCAACUCUCACAACAGUAAAGUUUCACACUCUUUAUUCCGGUGACUUGAUCGUUCAAGCCUUAGAUGCUAAUUUCUUUCAAAUGGACUUUCCUCUUUUACCUGUUGAACAGGUUACGGAAAGUAUGAAUGAAGAAUUACUAGCUGCACUUGGAUUGCGUAGAGAACAAGUUGUAUACUAUGGCAAGAGCAAAUUCGAUGUCUUCAUCCAUGUCCAGAACCAAAGUUUGGUAGAGAAACUUACGCCAGCUUUUGAGAAGCUUUUACGCAUACCACAAGUUGGUAGAGGUGUUAUCGUAACUAGCUUGGCGGAUAAUAGAGAAGAAGCCCAUUUCUGCUCUCGCUUCUUUGCACCGUGGACAGGUGUCAAUGAGGAUCCUGUUACAGGUAGUGCACAUUGUUCUUUAGGUUACUACUGGAACCUCCAGUUGGGAAAGUCCGACUUGUAUGUUGGAUAACGACACUAAUCGAGUUAAACUUGGAGGUGA